AUGCGCUUAAUCAAGCGCCAUAUCGACGAUGACGGCACUGGAAGUGUCACAUUAUGCCCCGAAGAGCCUGAGGACAUGUGGCAUGCUUACAACCUGAUACGACCUAGAGACCUUCUCACCGCUUCCGCGAUACGUCGAGUAACCACAGAAUCGGCCUCUACCGGCUCUACUGCCUCCCAGCGGGUCCAUACCAACCUGACUAUUCGGGUCAAAUCAGUCGACUUCGACCCGCAGGCUGGACAGUUACACGUGUCUGGACAGAUCGCUCGGGAAAACCGGUAUACGAAGAUCGGACAGUUUCACACGCUUGACCUUGAGUUGCAACGAAACUUCACGUUAGAAAAACAAGUUGGCGGAAUCGAUGGCGGCGAGGGCUGGGACAGUGUUGCUCGCGCGCAACUUGAAGAGGCAAUCGACCCGGCAAGAGGCACAGAGGCGGUCGCGGUCGUUAUGCAGGAAGGUCUUGCGAACAUUUGUUUCAUCACUCAACAUCAGACCGUCCUGAGGCAAAGGAUCGAGGUUUCGGUGCCCCGAAAACGUUCAGGAGCCGGUAGAUCGGCCGAUCAUGACAAAGGCUUGGAGAAGUUCUUUGCCACGGUAUUGGAUACGUUGACGAGGCAAAUUGAAGGGCUCAUGGAAGGCAAAGACAGCAGCACCAACUUUCCCAUUCUGCUUGCAAGUCCCGGAUUCACUGCUGCCGGGUUCCUGAAAUAUAUCACCGAGACUGCGGCCUCCAAAGGCAGCAAACUGUUGCAGGACAUGGUCAAGCGGAAGGCAUUCGUGGUUAUUCACAGUAGCUCGGGUCAUCUGCACAGUCUCAACGAGGUUCUCAACAGCCCCGAAGUGCUGGCCAGACUCCAAAAUACCAAAUACGCGAGGGAAACUGCAUUGAUGGACGAGUUUUUCGCUCUACUACGAAAAGACGACGGACGGGCAUGGUAUGGGCCGAAAGAGGUCGAGACAGCCGUGGAGAAAGGUGCCGUAGGUCGCGGUGGCGGAGUCCUUCUCAUCAGCAAUUCGUUGUUCAGGAGUCAAGAUAUAGCCACCCGAAGACGAUGGGUGAGAUUGGUAGACAGGGUAAGAGAAGUUGAGGGCGGCGAAGUCAGGGUCCUCAGCGGUGACCAUGAGAGUGGGAAACGCUUGGAAGGACUUGGUGGCAUUGCAGCCAUACUGACAUUUCCCAUUGAGGAGAUGGAGUCUGACGGUGAAGAGUCUAACGGCUCCGAUAAUGGUAGUGAAGCAUCAUGA